AUGAGUUCUCCCCUCGCCUCGGAGUUGACUGAGUUGGCGGCGCCGCGCCCGGGCUUCCGGCUCUCUGCGCCCCACGCGCUCGCGGCUCCCGGGGCUGCAGCCCACGCCCGCGGCCGGGGCUGUGCCCGCCACGCCGGGGAGCCGAGGCUCUGGAGCUCCUGUCCCGGCUCCAGUCCGGGGGAAAAAGGAAGGUUGUCCCCUGGCCCAGGCGCACGGCCGCGCGCUCUCCCGCACUCUCCGCGGCCCCUUCUGCUCUCCAUGGCGUCUCAUCAACAAUCCCGGAUCCAGGCUUACCUGGAGAAGAACAAGAUCGGUCCCCUGUUUGAGGAAUUAAUGACCAAAUUAAUAACUGAGACACCUGACCAGCCAAUCCCAUUUCUCAUUGACCAUCUUCAGUCUAAACAAGGAAACCGCGGACAGCUUCAAAGAACUUUAUCUGGAUCUGCAGCUCUCUGGGCAGAAAGUGAAAUAGCAGAACAUAAAGGAACAAGAAGGGAUUUCAGAAGCUAUGAUAAGCCUUGGCAAUUAAAUGCAAAGAAGCCUAAAAAGUCAAAAAGUGACCUCGCUGUGUCUAAUAUUUCCCCACCAUCAGCAGAAUCCAAAUCAUUGCCAAGGUCAGUAGAUCAUCCUAAGUGGAACUGGCGAAUUAAACCAGAAAGCCGUGAUUUUGAUGAAUUGAACCACAUCCUUCAAGAGAGCAAGAAGCUGGGAAAAGCCCUUGAGAAUCUUUCUCGAAGUAUUGCAAUUUCAGAUGAACUCGAUAAGGAAACAGUGGCAUUUAAUUCUUCUCUUCUGAGACCCCGUGUGAUUGGAGAAUGGAUUGGUCGAGAAGAGAAUGAUGCUGACCCACUAGCAGCUGAAAUGCUACAGCCCCCAGUUCCAAGAAGUAAAAAUGAACAAUGGGAAAAUGAAGACACUAGCUCCAGCCCUGCAGGAAGCUUAAAGGUGGAGCCCAAGACUAAAGGAUUAAAACAGCAGCAACAGCAACAUAAGAAACUUCUGGCAGCAAUGCUCUCUCAAGAUUCUUUUGAGUCUCUCCAUAGCCCUACCCCAUCUGUAACAGAGGAAGAUAUUGAUAAUGAAGAUGAUGCAAUGGAAUUGCUGGGUAAUUUUAAAAAUUAAUAAUUUCUCUUUCUCUUCUUCUCUGGCAUUGUAAAAAUGUGUAGUGAUUUAGAGAUUUUAAAGUUUUUGAAUAGUUUUGUCCUAGGGGAGAGACACCAUUUAACACAUAUUUUAUUUACAUUAGACUUUCAUGAAGUUGCAUGUAAGAAUGAAGUUGAAAUGACCUAAGCAUGUGAAGUAUUUAUUAGACUGUAUUUUGUCUUUGUAUAUGCAGCACUUUACCUUCUGACUCUUUAAUCAAGCUUUAUUCUGUGUGCAAUUGUGAUAAAAAUUCAAGUCUGUCUGCUUUAUUCUCUGAUUAUGAUUGCCUUGAUCACAUCUUCUGUCUAUAAAAUAUAUCCAAAAUACAUAUUUCAGCCCUCAUUCCAAAGUGUCCCCUAUUGUUUCAAGGAUGUUUUAGAAAAAUAGAGUAAAAUUUAAAAGGACAGAUAGUAAAUUAGUGUUUUGUGUCUUCCAUAAAUGACAGGAAAGUUUGCAAGAUUUCAGUGUUUUUAUAGGCUUGUUACUUUCAUGAAAACCUUAUUAGUGUUGUAUAUGUAGGGAACCCUUUAUAUCUUAAAUGAAGUAAAUGUAUGUUUUUAUUUCACCAUAAAUCUCUGGAUAGUAGUUUUUUUAACUGAACUUUCCUUUUAUCCUAAAUAAUUAGAAUAAUUUUUGAAUACUUUGUAACCAUAUACUAAAGUGAAUAAUCAUUCAAAAACUGCAAAUAAAUUUAACAUAGAAUAAGGAGUCUCAGAAACAUACAGACAUUUAAAAUUUUUUUUUCUAAAUGAGCUUCCUGGGUUUGAAGUGUUCAUGGCAGCAAAAUACUAUGAUUUAAAAAAAAAAGAUAUGUCUCCUUGCAUAUACCUACAGAGGUGUUACUUACUCAAUGAUGGCAGGUUCAUCACUGUUUUCUGAUAAUACUGAAUUCAUUCCAGCAUUGAGGAGACUGUCAUGGCAUUUUCACUUUAUGCUGUUCAUCUUUUUUUUUUUUUUAAGAACAAUUAAGUCUGAGUAUUUUUUUUUCAAGGAAUCUCAUCUACCCACCUCCAAAUCAUUGAUGUGGCAGAUAUGCCAGAUGUUGUGGUACCUUCCCCAACUUCAAUUCAGGAAAUGUUUUUCUAAGCACUUGACCUCAUGCUAGGCACUGAGCUCUGUCCUAGGAUCAUAAUAAAACAAUCAUGGAUUCUGUUUGCAGGAACUUUGCAUUUCUUAGUGUUUGAGAUAAAAAAUGUAACUACAUUCAUGUAGUUCUUGCUACAGGUGCUAAUGUGAUUAAGCACACAGUUUAAAUAGGGAUAACACUUAAUGCAGAGAUAGAGGAUGAUGAUCAGGGAAUGUUUCAUAGAGAAGCUGAUUCUAGCGGUGAGUUGAGUCCUAGAGGACAAGUGGAUGGAAGUUCAUCAGGCAGAGUGUAGUCAUUAGCCUUGUAGGUUUGCUCUUGUACGAAUGGACUCUUUUGCAGUUGUGCUCCAUGAUUGAGCUUGUAAAUUGUUCCUUUGCUUUGGUCGUUAACAGUGAAGGGGGCAAGGCCUGAACAGUGACUGUCACUGGCAGGGCCAGGACGUUGUUCAUAUAACAUCAACAUUGGCUUUUUGGUAUAUUGACGUUGAAUUGUACAGGUAUUGUUCUCUCUCUCUCCCAUCCAUUGCGUGACUGACGCUCUUGAUCAGUUGAUAUCCACAGGAAGGAAAUUAUACUUACCUUGCAAAGAUAAUCUUUUGAAGAAAUCUAGGCAUGCUCAGAAUCACUUUGGAUUUCCUGAUAGCAUCGGGAGUAUCAUGUUAGAGUGGAGGAAAUCAUAAACUUCAGUGACGAUUGAGGGGUUCUUUAAGGAAACUCAGGUGUUAGUGCUGGUACAUCCUAGAUCUCAGCUCCUUAAAGUUUCUAGUCUCCCAAGCUGAAGACCAGAGGGUUGGGUUUUUGAGACUAUCUAAUGUGAGCCAUUAAUAGCUGGUCCUCAUGGUUUUUUUUUUUCAUUUAGACGUUGUAGCCUGUGGUAUGAGCAAAGUGAAGAAUGAAAACUAGUUGACAGUUUGGGCUUUCUCCAUGGAACUCCAUAUAUCUUAGCAUAGGCAGCUGGUAGUGUACUAAUGCUGGUCUCUAGAUUAUGAGAUUUGUCUGCAAUAACAUGGAAUGUUGCAAGUGUGCCAGGCUGUCCUCCGAAAUAAUGCCAUAUGCAAUCCUGUUGCCCCGUUGUCUCAGUGAACAAAGGUCAUGUAGCAGAAAAUUGUACCUGAACGAUUGUUUUACCCAGAAGUUCAUUAAUUACGUAAAAUGUUAUUUAGAUAUGAAAUAUUUGUCUUUAAGACAUAAAUACACUUAUCCAUUCAAUUAUUUAGAAAAUAUAUAUUUAAAAUAGAGACUCAGUUUUCUUCAAAAGUAGUGUGCAUAAAUUCAUGACUUACAAUGUUACAUAUGCCUGUAUCUAAGAUGAUGGUUCAUCUCUUAUAUGAAAUCAAACCAGGUGUACAUGAAAAAUUUCAGUUGAUGUAAGUUACAAAUUUUUUGCAGUCAUGAUGUAGUAAUGGAUGAACUAUUAAUAUGGAUGAAUAUGGGUAUAAAAUAAAUUGAUAAUUUAGUUAUUCAGUUUUAAGACUUGACGUCUUCAAUAGCCAUGUAUGUGUCUCUUAAUAUUCUGUUAGAUUUCAAGUCCUACACUAAUCAAUUGAUGUGAUACUGAUAAAUCAAUUUAGAAACUAUAAU